UCUAGCUGUACAUAUCCUUUCUUCUUUCUACUGUUCCUCGUCAAUGGAUAUGAUCCACGCGUUGUCGUCUGAUCGCUGUUCGAAAAGGGCUUCUGGUUUAUGCGUCGUGUUCCCGAAUCGGGAGACAUUGAGUUCAGUGCUACUGAUAGAUAUCGUCCGGGCCUAAACACUUUCCAGAAGCAGAUUCAUUAGAGGCAUGUGUGCAUUUUAACACCACGGCAGCAGAUUAUGGCUCUCUUUUUAUCAGUUCACUAAACGACGUCAUGGACACAGACUCUGCGUCGGUCCGUCGAGAGGGAAUAUCAAUUUCAUCCGGCGACACGUCUGAGUCUAAUGGGUCAUCCGGGAAAUUUUGUGUCUGCCUUCGGCCCUGGCAUUGAUCAGUUGCAGUUCGAUUGCCAAAGUGUUCAGGAUGGAUAGCUUCGACGCUUCCACGGAGGACUUCCUUGCCAAUGGAUUCUAUCAGUUCUAUACUGAGUUCCAUGAGGAUCUAUUCGAUGUAUUCCAACCUGGAGAUGACCUUCUUGGAGAUCCGAUAAGGACUGAGGUCGCUGAACUGAAGCAACCGUCAGCUGAACAGAAAUCUUGCGAAGAAGGUUUGGAGGCCCAAGUGGAAAACUUUAUCCUGGAGUACAGCUGCAUUGACUUCAGCCAGAUUUGGGAGAACGAUUACAAGCUACCGGAGCGAACAUUCCUGUGCGAUGGUUCAUGUGAUGCAUUCCUGCUGCUAGGUGAGACUCAACAGAAACAACGUGAGGCAACUACAAUAGAACAAGAACCCAACGACCAGAAUCCAGCGAGUUAUGUGUGUCCAUUUGAAUCCUGCCGGAAGGUGUACGCCAAACCAGUGCAUUUGAAGGCACACCUUCGGAGACACGUGGGUGAAAAGCCGUAUCAGUGCAAAUGGAGCGGAUGCAAGUGGCGGUUUUCCCGCUCGGAUGAACUGGCACGGCACUUCCGGUCCCAUUCGGGCGUUAGGCCGUACAAGUGUGAUUUCUGCCCUAAGUGUUUUUCCCGAUCGGAUCAUCUGGCCAAGCAUCGGAAGGUGCACGAGCGGAAGAUUGCGGCCGGCAAGUCGAAGGCUGUGUGGAUCAGCUUACCGCGGGGUAAACCAGGCCGGAAGCCCAAAAGUGCUAGCAAAGCGUGAUAAAAGGUGUGGAUUUAA